GCGCAGCGCCGCACUGCACGAAACAGCAGAAGGUGAAGAGUAGGUUAUUUCCACUCAGCCUGAUCCUGCAGGAUUCAUUCAUGCUUUGCAGAAUGCGGACAGGGAAAUAGUUGGAAGCGCGUCCGAGCAGCAGGAGACGGUAGUUUAGCGCACUGGUCCGGCUUUUGUUCGCCGCAUUUUCGCUGCAGCGAGGACAGAGACACCGGUCCAGGACAGUACGAAGAUCCAUGAGACACGCUUUGAGCUGGAUACCGCUUCAGUAUCACGUGCUGCGUCUGACGUCCCGCUGCUAACAUCUGCUCAGGUUGCGUGAAGGUUGAGCCAUGGACGCCGGGAGGCUGGAGCAGCAGGUGGCCAGCGUUGACAGGGGGAUCUGCUUCCUGAAGCAGGAGCACCUGACCAUGCUGACCGGCCUGCAGCUGGAGAUCACGCACCUGAAGAGGCGCUGUCACGAGCUGAGCUGUGAGCUGGACUCCAAGUUUCCUGACAGAAACACAGCAGAGGAGGAAGCAGAGCUGGCGGCGCGUUGCGAGGCCGCAGAGCGCCUCCUGGAGCGGCAGCAGUGCAUGACGGUCACAGUGCGCGGGGAGCUGCGGGCCGGCCGGGCCCGAGCUGUGGCACUCGGGAGGAGCCUGCGGGAGGAGGAGCGGCGGUUCCUGGAGGAGCUGAAGCGCCGCAGCCACAAGAUCACAUUGCUGAAUCGAGAACUUCAGCGGCAAAACGUCAUGACGACGACGCUGCACCACGAGCUGCAUGGCGCACGGUUGAAACUUUUCCAGCAGCGGCAGAGGGGGAAAAGAGAGGAGGAAGAGGAGGAGGAGGAAGAGGAAGAAGGAGGGUCAGACUGGCCUCUGUCUCCUCAUCCCGGUGCCUCCUCCGUCCAGCCAGAGGGGAGACCCAGGAAGAACAUCAGUGUGAGGGAGGAGAGGGUUAGAGCCUGCAUCCCACAGGAGAGAGUCACGUCACCACAGAGUCCACACCCGAUGCCUGACCCCGCCCUCUUCCUGGUGCCGCUCAGGUACCGCCUCCUCCGCUGGAGCCGGCCAAUGAGGCUGCAGGACGGUGAGGAGGGGGAGGACGAGUGGGAGGACAUAGAGGACAGCAGGGUGCCCAGGAGGGUGGAUAUGGGCGCAGGCGAGGGAGAGACGGCUCUGUGACCGUUAACUCCGAGGAGGAGCAGUCUGUAGAAAUCUGAAAAAUUAAGUUUUAUGAUUUAGCCUCACAGGAAAUGGUUAAUCUAAACUAGACUUAGAUGUAUUUAUACAUUUACCCAAUUAAGGGUGUGAAAUGUCCUGGAAAGGUUUAGAGUUUACCACAGCUGAUUGUGUUUGCCUAUAAUCUAAAAAGCAGAGUUGCAUCUGGGUUCAGUGAAUGCUUUCACCAGCUGGGACAGCUAGGGGUGCGCCAAAAACCUGACCUGCCGAUUCUGAAUUUGGCCGAUACCAAUUUGUUUUUUGUCUGAAAUGUUGCUAAAUAUAGCAAGAAAGUCCCUGAGUUUGUAACAAUAGUGGGGUGACUAUUGUUACCUUAAAAUGUGCAGACAUGGUGGGCCAGUCUGUCGGUCAAACUUCUCUUAAGUGAGAGCUGAAGAGGACAGUGGCUGAUUUUUAGGUAUUUGCUGAGGUGGAUAAGUUCAGCUUCACAUGUAAGUAUCGACCGAUCACCGAUCUCCCCAAAUUAAGGAAAUCUGUGCCGAUAAAUCGACUGGCUGGUAAAUUGGUGCAGCCCUAGAACCAGCUUUAUGUUUAGGAUGGUCACUUGAAAAGGAAAUUUUGUAUUACCUGCACUUUAUUAAAUUCAUACAAUUUGCCUUGUUAUGGCAAACCAUAACUCAUGUUGUCAUCUCUGUUUUCACUGAGAAAAAAACUUUUCUUAGAACAUUUUAAUAUGCAAGUGUGACUCCUCUACCGGCCUGGUGAUGUUACAAAGAGGAAGAACAGUAAAAAUACAAAUAAUCCAUUUUUCACAGAAACUCCCCGUCCACACUGUCUGAGCUUGAUCUAAUUUGACAAAACUCCUUCCUCCAGUUGUGAAAGACACAUGUCCAAAAACAUAUUCAAGUUUAAUUCCACAAGCAGUCAGCAUUGGCAGCAGGUAUUUAUAUAAAUACUCUCUUCCUCCUGCUUCAUAACUACCUUAUAUAUAAAUCCUGACAAAAUUAAUCAACAUUUGUUGUUAUAACAUGACUAAAUUUGGAAAAGGUGGGAAACUCAAAGCAGAGGAAAAACUGAUUAUUAGUCCCAAAAAAAUAACUUAAUUCUCUCACACCUGGACUGAUUACAUAUUGUGCUUUUUAUAUAAUGUAAAGUACGACUGAAAUCAACUUUCUAAAACUACUUUUUAGUAUUUUUAGCCAGUUCAGUCAUUAAAAUGCAUAAUAAUAUUAUAUACCAGCUGAAUUUAGGGGGUUUUAUGCUUACAUUUAUGAAAAAUUAUUGAUCCAAGGAUAUCGAGACUGAAAAAAUUGACAUUUUGAAAUCUAACCAGGAUAUCUGAGCAGAUGUAUCUGCUCCAAUAUUUUUACAAUAACUCUUGAAACAACUCAAGAACAGGCAUCCUCAUCCAUAUUUCUGUCUUCUGUCUGGAUAAAAUCCUGCAUGUCAGGGAUGUCCAGCUCAUUUUCAUUUUGGGCCAUAUCAACAUCAUGAAUGUUCUUAAAGGCCGGUUGUCCCAGAAUGCAUCAUAAAACCUACUACCAAACUGUUAAAAUAUUAAUAGCUGUGUCUGCAUUUGAUAAGUACUUAUUAAAAUUUAACAUCUGUAAAAUGUAGAAUAACAUUUUUUUACUUUAUAAUUUUUUUUCUUUUGCAAUAAAAAUCACUGAUUUGUGGAGUUAAUUCAGAAAUAUUUGCGAAAUAUCUUUAAAAAAAAUACUUGCUGUAAGAAAUACUGCCACUUGCAGGUGGAAGUUAGCAUCACAUAAACCCAAUGUUUUUGACCAUUUUGGUGGAAAAUUUACAGUAAACUCACAAUUAUGCAUUACUGUGAAAAAGUGCAUGGGUUUGUUGAUUUUCCAUAUUCCAUACUGCAAUUUGGCAGUAUACAGAUAAAAACUGCUUUGAUUUGAUUGAUACGAUUACAUUUAACCACACAACUGUUAUGUUAAAUGUUUUAUUUUUUAUGUCCCUCAUAAAUAGCUACAGUGGACCAGAUUUGGCCCCCGGGCCUUGAGUUUGACACGUGCUGUAUGUUGUCAGUUUCCCAGGUCUCGACUUAAAAAUCAAACAUUUUGUUGUGAAAUGUUUCCCAGUAGCUGCAAAAAAAGAGAAGAGUUGCUACAGAAAAAGAAAUCUUAUUUUAAUGUUAGUCAAGAUUUCAUUUAAUUUAUUAUUCACACAGCAUGAACUUUAAUGGAGCUACUACUGAAUAAACAAGCAGCAGCAGCAGAGAGUUUCUCCAGCAGUUGAUUUGCUCUUGGUGUGUUCAGAAUAUUAAUGAUUUGCUCUCUGGUGGCAACAGACCUUCUUUUCAGCUGAUGCCAAAUAAAUCUUUGAGGAAACAG